AUGUCCGACAAAAGCACCUCAGGGCCCGAUGGAGGCCAAGACGCGGACGUCGAGAAGCAAGACCUAGAUCAUGCUGCUCUGGGGAUAGACACUCCUACUGAACCGCCCAGAGAUGAGUCCUUGGUCGAGUUCGAUGGCCCCAAUGACCCAGCGAAUCCAAAGAACUGGAGCAAAAGAAGAAGAGGGGCCAUCACUGUCUCAAUGUCUCUCAUGACGUUCGUGGUCACUUUCUCGAGCUCCAUCUUCGCCUCUGCGCUGGGUCCCGUGACUGAAGAGUACAAUAUCAGUACCACGGUGGCGGCUUUGGGUGUUGCUUUCUUCUUGCUGGGUUUCGUGCUCGGUCCCGUACUCUUUGGACCAGCAAGCGAGGUGUAUGGCCGCAAGCUACCAUUGUUCAUCGGCUAUGCGAUCUUCGCUAUCUUCCAGAUACCAGUCGCGGUGGCGCAGAAUGUCGAGACGAUCAUGCUUGGUCGCUUCUUCGGCGGUCUCUUCGCGAGCGCUCCUCUGGCUGUCGUUGGAGGCUCGCUGGCAGAUAUGUGGGAUCCUAUACCGAGGACAUACGCUAUCUGUGCCUUCGCUUCCGGCACCUUCUGCGGUCCAGUCGUCGGUCCGAUCGUGGGAGGUUUUGUUACGGAAAGCUCGUUAGGCUGGAGGUGGACCGCUUGGUUGACCCUCAUCCUUGCCGCUUUGUUCGGCAGUAUCGGUCUGUUCGUCAUACCGGAGACUUCUGCACAGCGCAUUCUUCAACUACGGGCUAGGCGUUUGAGAUUCCAGACGAAGAACUGGGCCUUGCAUGCGAAAGCGGACGAGCACGAGAUCACGCUCCAUACCAUCUGCCAUAUCUACUUGAUGAGACCGUGGGUCAUGCUGGUGCAGGAGCCCAUCCUUGCGCUGAUGACUGCGUACAUGAGCUAUCUGUACGGGGUGCUUUAUCUCUUGUUCUUGGCUUACCCCAUCUCCUUCCACGAGGAGCGAGGCUGGUCUUUGGGCGUUGCGGCGCUUCCGUUCAUUGCCUUUAUUGUCGGUAUUUUCAUGGGGACUGGGAUGAUGGUUUACUCGACCGCGACAAACUACAAACGUGCAUAUCUCAAGUAUGGCCGGCCGGUGCCUGAGGAGAGGUUGCCGCCAAUGAUCGCUGGUGCUAUCCUUCUUCCAAUCGGCUUGCUAUGGUUUGCCUGGACUUCCUUCCCCAGUGUGAUAUGGGUACCUCAGGUCAUGAGCAGCGCCUUCAUCGGCGCAGGCAUGCUCGUGACUUUUUGGCAGGGAAUCAACUAUAUUAUCGAUUGCUACGCCUUCUAUAGCAAUAGUGCGAUCGCAGUCAACACGUUCAUUCGAAGCAUUGCUGGCGCGGUGUUCCCCCUCAUCGCGCCCAUCAUGUGUAAGUUGAAUGGCAUGGUUGAAGCGCCAACGCGAGAGCUGACUGUUCGGCAAAGACCAUAA